AUGCCGGGGUCUCCGCAGGGUUCGUCUCGGGUUUCGGGAAAUUCGGGGCGGGUCCUGUCAGCUUGGUAUCAGAGCUUUGGUUCAAUUUCUUGCGGACCCCGCACCUUGUGUGCAUCCUUAAGUUGUGGGAUCAUGACGGGUUCCGUCACGGGACGUCAUCAUUUUGACGCGGAGGAUUCUUUGACAUGGAUGGAUUUAAGUUCGGCCAUUGGGAGUUUGACCGACGACUUGGGUUACUUCUGUCUACCCCUCUGGAAAGGGAACCAAUAUGAGAAAGAGGAAGAAGAAAGGUACAAAGGCCGUAGAGGCAGAAGUAGAGCUAGAGCUUUACCACAGACGGAGGUUGUUGAGUUCUUAUGGGCAGGAGAACAUGGAGUUGAUAAACUCGUUUCUUGA